AUGUCUCUCAGAACCGCCCUCUCCCGCUCCUUCCGCCCUUCGACCCUCGCCGCCAGGUCUUUCGCCUCCUCCGCUAUCAACAUGUCUGGAUCUGUCCGCACCGCCGCCCAAUGGUCUGACUUUGGCCGUGACCACGUCUCUCACGGUCUUGGCCGUAUGAAGGACCAUGUCAUCGUCAAGGGUGAAGGUCUCCACCUCAUCACCGCCGAUGGCAAGAAGCUCCUCGACUUUACUGCCGGUAUCGGAGUGACCAACCUUGGCCACUGCCACCCCGCUGUCAGCAAGGCCGCCGCCGAGCAGGUCAACAAUCUCGUCCACCUCCAGUGCUCCAUCGGCUUCCACGGCCCCUACCUCGAGCUCAUCGAGAAGCUCCUCCCCGUCAUGCCCCACCCCUCUCUCGACCAGUUCUUCUUCUGGAACUCUGGUUCCGAGGCUAUCGAGGCCGCCAUCAAGCUCACCAGGAAGGCCACCGGCAGGCAGAACUUGAUCGUCUUCCAGGGUGCUUACCACGGAAGGACCAUGGGUUCCGGUGCGAUGACUAGGUCUAAGCCUAUCUACACCCAGGGUACUGGACCUUUGAUGCCCGGUGUGCUCGCUACUCCCUACCCCUACUGGCACUCUCUCGGCCUGCCUCCCUCUGCUACCGAGGAAGAGGUCGUCCGAGCCGCCGAGUUCCAGCUCGAGCUCCUUCUCCGUCAACAGGUCAACCCCACCGACGUUGCCGCCAUCUUCAUCGAGCCCGUCCAGGGUGAGGGUGGUUACGUCCCCUGCCCCCCUGCCUUCUUGAAGCACCUCCGAAAGGUCUGCGACAAGCACGGCAUCCUCCUCGUCGUCGACGAAGUGCAAACUGGUUUCUUCCGAACCGGCAAGUACUUUGCCGUCUCCGACAUUCCCGAGUUCAAGCCCGACGUGCUCGUCUUUGCCAAGGGUAUCGCCAAUGGUUUCCCCAUCUCUGGUAUCGCCUCCACCAAGGAGCUCAUGGGUACCCUUGAUGUCGGAUCUAUGGGUGGUACCUAUGCUGGUAAUGCCGUCGCUUGUGCUGCCGGUGUCGCCGCCCAGGAAGUCUACGCCUCCGGCGAGAUCGAGAAGAACGUCGCUGCCCGUUCCGAGCAGCUCUUUGCCGCUUUGAACAAGCUCGCCCAGGGAGAGAAGACCAAGGCCCUCAUCGCCGAUGUGCGAGGUGUUGGUCUCAUGACUGCUAUCGAGUUCCGAACUGCUUCCGACGCUCUUACCCACGAGGGCUUGCCCGCUGGUACCAAGAUCCCCAAGGACAUUGGCAAGAGGGUGCAGGCGUACUGCUUGGAGAAGGACUUGCUGGUGCUCACCACCUCGUGCUUUGACACCAUCCGGUUCAUCCCUGCUUUGGUCGUCACCGAGGAGCAGAUGAAGGAAGCUAUGGACAUCUUCACCGAGGCUGUUGAGAAGGUUGCCCUCGAGGGAUAG